GCAAACCAACCCUCCGAACCGAUCCCCCAAACCAACACCUAAUUGCACCAAAACACCCGCAAAGAUGUCGGCUCAAUCUUUCGCCCACCAUGCGAAGACGCCUGCUGCCGUCAGCAUGCGCAGUCCGUACAAGGCUUAUAGGAGUCCUUUUGGUCCUCAAUACACGAUUCCUAAGAACUACCACGGUAUCACUAUGAACGUCGCAGCAAAGUACGGCAUGCUCGCAGCCGGAUUCGGCGGUGUAGCCGGCUUUUUCGCCCUCUUCUUCUUCGCAGAGGUGCCCAAGGUGCGCGACGACAUCAUGAAGAAGAUUCCCGUCUUGGACAAGUUCUUCACCCACGAGAUACCGCCCGAGGACAACCCCUUCUGAGCUCGUCUUCGUUUGCCUGGGGGAGGAUUGCGUGGAAUGUACAAUACGGCAUGGGCAUAUAGCGACUAGAUGCGGAAUAGACUUAUUUUGUCUUUAA